AUGGGGUUUCAUGGAUUCUCCAAAUCCAAUCCAAGAAUUUAUUGGAUUGCUAGUGGAAUAGUAGCUCUUGUUAUCAUUGUCACAAUCAUGUUAAAGAAAUUAAUUACCGUUUAUCUAGAUUGUUGUAAAGGCAGUAAACAACUUUCAAAAACCAAACCAGAUGAAGAAAUGAAGUCUAUAAGAACUUAUGCACUAGAAGAGUUGAAGAUGGCAACCAAAGACUUCAAGAUUCGGAUUGGCGUUGGAGCAACUUCAUAUGUUUAUCUUGCUGAGUUUGGAGAUGGAAGAUUAGGCGCGGUGAAGCGUGUCAUGGAGGAAAGAGGUGGAAAAACAAAGAUGUUCUUGGAUGAAGUCUCUGUCUUGCUUAGGAUAUCACAUCCUAAUUUGGUUGGCUUAAUGGGAUUUUGCUUGGACAAAGGAGAACAAUUGCUACUUUUGGAGUAUGUUCCUAACAAAAGCCUCUUUGAGAGAAUGCACACAUACCAUAACCAAUCCUCUGUUACACUAUCAUGGUCUAAUCGUCUUAACAUUGCGUUAGACGUUGCUCGUGCUCUUGACUAUCUCCAUUCAGUAGCUGAUCCUCCUGUCAUACACAGAGACGUUAAAUCAUCAAACAUUCUAUUAAUCAACGAUGAUCAUGCCAAACUUGCAGAUUUCGGGCUAUGCAAGUUAGGCAAUGAUGUUGUAAGCGCGACUACUCCUACUAAAGUAAAAGGUUCACUCGGUUAUGUUGACACAUAUUACCUUAACACAGGGCUAGUGUCACCAAAAAGUGAUGUUUAUAGCUUCGGAGUAUUACUUCUCGAGCUCAUUACAGGGCUCAAGUCGUUACAAGGCUCAAUGACACUUGCUGAAUGGACUGAGGAAUGUAGGAAAAAUGAGAAUGUUGAGUUGCUAAUUGGUAUGUUGGAUCCAAAACUCAAUGGUAAUGUAGACAUUGAACAACUAAGAGUUUUGAUUGAUGUGGCUAAUUCAGCUUUACUUGAAAAUUCUGAAGCAAGACCAAACAUGACACAUAUUGUCUAUAGAAUUUCAAGUUGUAUGGAGUCUCAUCAACCUAUACCUGAAUUACCUGUAUAG